CCUCUGUACUCUCACUGAUAUUGUAAUCAUGAUUUUUUAUUUUGUCCUUACUUAGAGGGAACAGAUAUUUUUUUAAAUAUACAAAAAGAAUGAUAAUCGUAAAAGCUGCUUUGAAUGCCGAGGGUGAAGAAUGCCUAGUUGCCUGCCACAGUACAAGAUUCAGCUGCACGUUUACUCACAAGACACGCCUGUUCCGAGCACUCUUUCUCAGCUGCAGUCACAUGGACAUUGGUUGGCUAUCCCUCUCGUCCUCCUCCUCCAGUCUCCUCAGUGUGCGUCUAUGUCGCCUGCAGUCUGUGCUGCCUGCAACCUGUCCGUCAAUCCAUCAGUCCGUCAGUUGGCCAGUCAGUUGCCUGCUUUGCAUCUCCUCAGAUCGCAGAUUAUCCCGAAAACGAAGUCAGAUGUCUUUGGACCGACUGAAACGCUCUCUAUCAAUGGAGCCGUUACAUGAGCUGUCAACAUCAGCUGGUGCUGCCAACCAGACGUGGAAGUCAAGUUCCUUUAAACGGGAUACGUUAAGCGUUGACAUGGCCAUUUCCCAGACUCCUGUUCAUGUUCCAUCAGUGGAAGUGACCUCCUCACGGAUAAUAGCGGAAACUAUUCCCGAGGAGAUAGAGCGGAAACGCCGAGAGUCAAUGAAACCAGCACCAGGAGAAUUCAGUGAAUUUGUGGUAGGUGCUGAUGAGAUUAAAAUCGAGACUCAUCUGGCAUCGCCGUUGGAGGAGGAGGAGGAUCAUGGGAGGCUGACUGGACUGGAGGACAAGGUUCAUCUCCGUGACGACAGACCAAACUCCACUGAGAGUGUCAUGUCUGCACAUCGCAAGGACGAAGGACUGGGGGAGUCCUUUGACCAGUACUCGGAGGUCAGUGAUUCUUUGUCACGGAACGGCAACUUGAACACGGACACGGUUCCUCACACCGAUGAUGGGAUGCAGCCUGUGACGCUGUCCCCAACAGACUCCCCUUCCAACUCCCCAGCCAGGUUAGGUCCCACAGCUAGUGAAGUGCUGGCAACUAUUUGCUCAAGUAAAAGAGUUACCUUUAUGUAAUGUGAUGGUGUAGACUGAUGUGACUAGCGAUAGAAAUGACAACACAACAUUGUCUACAUCAGCAACAAAUCUGACUAAACUGCUUCAAAUAAUUCGCCACACAAAUUGGUCAUUUCAUUUAUUGUGCCUUGUGACUGUUUAUUUAACUUGGUAUGGAAACUAAAAACAUAGCUUAUAGCUUUAAGUUCCAUUUUCCCCAUU